GAGCCGGGCCGCAGCUUCACCUGCCGCCCCGGAGGGGGCGGGCAUUGUUCACCCCCCGCUGCUGCCGCCGCCCCGCCGGGGGCAUGGGGGCCACCCGGCUCUCCGGGCCGGGCCUGGCGAGGCCGCCGCGCCGCCGCUAAGCCGGGCCCCGCGCGCAGCCGGCUAGCGCAGGUGAGGCCGGCAGCGCCAUGGUGGACCCGGUGGGCUUCGCCGAGGCGUGGAAGGCGCAGUUCCCGGACUCGGAGCCGCCGCGCAUGGAGCUGCGCUCGGUGGGAGACAUCGAGCAGGAGCUGGAGCGCUGCAAGGCCUCCAUCCGGCGCCUGGAGCAGGAGGUGAACCAGGAGCGCUUCCGCAUGAUCUACCUGCAGACGCUGUUGGCCAAGGAGAAGAAGAGCUAUGACCGACAGCGCUGGGGCUUCCGGCGCGCCGCGCAGCCCCCCGACGGCGCCGCGGAGCCCCGCGCGCCGCGCCUCCCGCCUGCGCCCGCCGACGGCGCUGACCCUCCUCCAGUGGAUGAGUCCGAGGCGCGGCCCGACGGGGAGGGCUCCCCGGGCAAGGCCAGGCCGGCGGCUAUGCGCAGGCCCGGGGCCGCCGCUCCCGCGGACCGCGACGACCGCGGGCCCCCCACCAGCGUGGCGGCGCUGCGCUCCAACUUCGAGAGGAUCCGCAAGGGCCCCAGCCAGCCUACUGCGGCAGACACCGAGAAACCCUUCUACGUGAACGUCGAGUUCCACCACGAGCGCGGCCUGGUGAAGGUCAACGACAAAGACGUGUCGGACCAUAUCAGCUCCCUGGGCAGCCAGGCCAUGCAAAUGGAGCGCAAGAAGUCCCAGCAGAGCGCCGGGUCCGGCCCAGUGGACGUGUCCAGGCCCUCCUACCGUGGACGCACCUCCGAGAGCGGUUGCGGCCUCGAUGGCGACUACGAGGACGCUGAGUUGAACCCACGCUUCCUAAAGGACAACCUGAUCAACGCCAAUGGCGGCGGCAGGCCCCCCUGGCCGCCCCUGGAGUACCAGCCCUACCAGAGCAUCUACGUCGGGGGCAUGAUGGUGGAAGGGGAGGGCAAGGGCCCGCUCCAGCGCAGCCAGAGCACCUCGGAGCAGGAGAAGCGCCUUACCUGGCCCCGCAGAUCCUACUCCCCUCGGAGCUUUGAGGACAGCGGAGGCGGCUACACCCCGGACUGCAGCUCCAACGAGAACCUUACCUCCAGCGAGGAGGACUUCUCCUCCGGCCAGUCCAGCCGCGUGUCCCCGAGCCCCACCACCUACCGCAUGUUCCGGGACAAGAGCCGCUCGCCCUCGCAGAACUCCCAACAAUCCUUUGACAGCAGCAGCCCCCCUACGCCCCAGUGCCAGAAGCGGCACCGGCAGGGCCAGGUGGUUGUGUCGGAGGCCACCAUUGUAGGUGUCCGCAAGACGGGACAGAUCUGGCCCAGCGAUGGGGACAACUUGUCUGGCAGGCUGCCUCAGGACAGCGCCUUCCACGGAGACGCAGAUGCAUCAUUUGGAACGCCAGCAGGGUUCAGCUGUGCUGCCGAUCGGGAGGAGCAGCGCCGGCAGCAGGAUGGGCUGCCUUACAUCGAUGACUCACCCUCGUCCUCGCCCCACCUUGGCAGCAAGGGCAGGGCCGGCCGGGACACCCUGGAGUCCACCAAAGCUAGUGAGCUGGACUUGGAAAAGGGCUUGGAGAUGAGAAAAUGGGUCCUGUCUGGAAUCCUGGCUAGUGAGGAGACUUACCUGAGCCACCUGGAGGCACUGCUGCUGCCCAUGAAGCCUUUGAAGGCUGCUGCCACCACCUCCCAACCAGUGCUGACAAGCCAGCAGAUCGAGACCAUCUUCUUCAAAGUGCCUGAACUCUAUGAGAUCCACAAGGAGUUCUACGACGGGCUCUUCCCCCGUGUGCAGCAGUGGAGCCACCAGCAGCGUGUGGGCGACCUCUUCCAGAAGCUGGCCAGCCAGCUGGGUGUGUACCGGGCCUUUGUGGACAACUACGGAGUUGCCAUGGAAACAGCCGAGAAGUGCUGUCAGGCCAACGCUCAGUUUGCAGAAAUCUCUGAGAACCUGAGAGCCAGAAGCAAUAAGGAUGCCAAGGACCAGACCACCAAGAACUCUUUGGAAACCCUGCUCUACAAGCCUGUGGACCGGGUGACGCGGAGCACGCUGGUUCUGCACGACUUGCUGAAGCAUACCCCCUCCAGCCACCCUGACCAUCCUUUGCUGCAGGACGCCUUGCGCAUCUCGCAGAACUUCCUGUCCAGCAUCAACGAGGAGAUCACGCCCCGCCGGCAGUCCAUGACCGUGAAGAAGGGAGAGCACCGGCAGCUGCUGAAGGACAGCUUCAUGGUGGAGCUGGUGGAGGGGGCCCGCAAGCUGCGGCACGUCUUCCUCUUCACCGACCUGCUCCUGUGCACCAAGCUCAAGAAGCAGAGUGGAGGCAAAACCCAGCAGUACGACUGCAAAUGGUACAUCCCGCUCACGGAUCUCAGCUUCCAGACAGUGGAUGAGUCGGAGGCCGCGCCCAACAUCCCCCUGGUGCUGGACGAGGAGCUGGAUGCCAUGAAGAUCAAGAUCUCUCAGAUCAAGAGUGACAUCCAGAGAGAGAAGAGAGCGAACAAAGGCAGCAAGGUCAUCGAGCGGCUCAAGAAGAAGCUCUCGGAGCAGGAGUCACUGCUCUUGCUCAUGUCGCCCAGCAUGGCCUUCAGGGUGCACAGCCGUAACGGCAAGAGUUACACAUUCCUGAUCUCUUCUGACUACGAGCGUGCCGAGUGGAGGGAGAACAUCCGAGAGCAGCAGAAGAAAUGUUUCAAGAGCUUCUCCCUGACGUCUGUGGAGCUGCAGAUGCUGACCAACUCAUGCGUCAAACUACAGACUGUCCAUAGCAUCCCACUGACCAUCAACAAAGAAGACGAUGAGUCUCCUGGGCUCUACGGGUUCCUGAAUGUUAUUGUCCACUCUGCCACCGGCUUUAAGCAGAGUUCAAGUCUGUACUGCACCCUGGAGGUGGAUUCCUUUGGCUACUUUGUAAAUAAAGCCAAGACACGUGUCUACAGGGACACAGCUGAGCCCAACUGGAACGAGGAGUUUGAGAUCGAGCUGGAAGGCUCCCAGACCUUAAGGAUUCUGUGCUACGAAAAGUGUUACAACAAAACAAAGAUGACCAAGGAGGACGGCGAGAGUGCAGACAGAAUCAUGGGGAAGGGCCAGGUGCAGCUGGACCCCCAGGCCCUGCAGGAUAGAGACUGGCAGCGGACAGUCAUUGCCAUGAACGGGAUUGAAGUGAAGCUCUCAGUAAAGUUCACCAGCAGGGAGUUCAGCUUGAAGAGGAUGCCUUCCCGGAAACAGACAGGUGUCUUCGGAGUCAAGAUUGCCGUGGUCACCAAGAGGGAGAGGUCCAAGGUGCCCUAUAUUGUGCGCCAGUGUGUGGAGGAGAUCGAGCGCCGGGGCAUGGAGGAAGUGGGCAUCUACCGCGUGUCUGGCGUGGCCACGGACAUCCAGGCACUGAAGGCAGCCUUUGACGUCAACAACAAGGAUGUGUCGGUGAUGAUGAGUGAGAUGGACGUGAACGCCAUCGCUGGGACACUGAAGCUCUACUUCCGGGAGCUGCCUGAGCCCCUCUUCACUGACGAGUUCUACCCCAACUUCGCUGAGGGCAUCGCGCUCUCAGACCCCGUUGCAAAGGAGAGCUGCAUGCUUAACUUGCUCCUGUCCCUCCCGGAGGCCAACCUGCUGACCUUUCUCUUCCUUCUGGACCACCUGAAAAGGGUGGCAGAAAAGGAGACAGUAAACAAGAUGUCCCUGCACAACCUCGCCACGGUGUUUGGCCCCACGCUGCUGCGGCCCUCCGAGAAGGAGAGCAAGCUCCCUGCCAACCCCAGCCAGCCCAUCUCCAUGACUGACAGCUGGUCCCUGGAGGUCAUGUCCCAGGUGCAGGUGUUGCUGUACUUCCUGCAGCUGGAGGCCAUCCCUGCCCCGGACAGCAAGAGACAGAGUGUCCUCUUCUCCACUGAAGUCUAAGGGCCCAGUUCCACCCACAGGGCCGGCAGGACGGCCCGGGAACCUCCUAGGGAAAUGGGCCAUCCAGAGAAUGGGAACCGGAACUUCUUGAGGAGUAACUGGGCCACACCGCCCCCCCACCCCCUGGGCCAGGCUGUCUACCAAGAGACAAUUACCCAAGGCAAACAGUCAAGUGGCCUGGGCACUUCAGGGCCCCCAGCGGACGAGGCCUGUGAGCUCUGGGUGGCCUCAGACUGUGGUUUGCCAUGCCACCACCAGGGGGCACCCCAAGCCAGUGUAUCUCCUGUUGAGGGCCUGGGCAGGACCAGGCGAAAGGAGUGGUGUUUAUGAAUUUAACUUAUCAGAGUUUAAAGAUUCCUACUGGGUCAGCUGUCAAGGGAACAGGAGCAGAUUUCAGCACUGUGGUGGCUUGAAUAAAUACUGCUGCUUCAAGCCUGGGGGCCAGGCCCCACCCUCUGUGGGUGGAGUUUUUGAUUUCCCAGACUUAGAAAUUCCACUCCUGUUUGUAACAGGGCUUGCAAAGCUAAGUCUACUCUUUGCAGCGCUUGACCCCUUUCACCUCCUUUCUUCUCUUUCUUUCCAGAAGGAUCUGUGUAGAAAUGGGUCUUCCUGCUCUGUCCUGUUGCUUUGUUUUUGCUGAUCAUGUGCCCCUCGGCAGGCAGCUCCCAUCCAGGACUUAACACCAGGGGAGGGAGGCCCAGGCUGUGCACUUUAUGGCUAGUUGUCUAGGGAGAGUGACCCAGCGCACCAUUCCAGCUGCCCUGCCGGGCACACACCGUCCUCCUCAGCUCACAAAGGCCUUGAUCUCCGGCUUCCUCCAGCCUGUGGCCCAGCCACCCCCGCUCUCUCCUCCCCUAAUGGUUCCCCUAUAGAUGGCUCCCCUCCUAGCUCUCUGCCACCCCCGCACACACUCAGCAGCAGACUUUUGUAAAGGUUUUCUCUUGGCAGCAGCGGCAGCUUGCCAACAAGACAGUUUGUUUUAAACUUUGAUCUGAAUAGCCUUUUGAUACUUGAAUAUUUUUAAGUUUUAUACAUAGUUUCUAAUUUUCUUCCUAACAGAUUCAGAUAGCUAAUAAGAUGUUAGAAUGUACUCUGUGGACAAUCGGAGUCCCAGUGGUAUCCUGUCUUCCUCCUAGCGCCAGCUCAGUUUCCACCAGGAGGCUGCUUCUGAAACCUCUGCAGCAUCUGGGGUUUGGGGGGUUGGGGACAGGGGCUACUCCACAGGCCAGGCCAAGGGUGGGGCUCCCAUCCCAGAGCAGGUGGAGAGACAGACCCGCCCACUGCCUGCCUGGCCACACUCGACGCUCCUGGUAACCCUUCUGACCGGCUGACCUAGGGGAAGAGGAACUGGGGAGGCCGCAAAGUAGUUUGAAGAAACAAGUCUGUGAAGAAUUGCAUCACUUUUUUCAAAAAAGGGUCGGGGGCGAGGGGAAAAGAAACAAAGGCCAAGUUUCCGUGCUGGACUUGCAGGAAGAGAGGAUGCAGCUGAACCGGAGGAGAGAAGCAGUGGCAUGACUCAGGAAAAGGCAUUUGCUUUCACAUGAUUACACCCGGUAGCUGGAGGCACUGUCCCAUGACCCCUCCCAUGUCCCUGGCACCCGGUGGAGCAGUGGGCAGCUCCUGCCCAACCUCACAGCACAUGGGGGCCACUUGCCCCCACUCCCCCUUGGCCUGUAGACCUGCCAAGGCAGGGGACCAAAAAAGAAGUCACUUGAAGGUCUUAAGUCUGCAUACUGUAUUUAUUUAGUUGUACUUUUUACUCGCAAGACCCACCGUUUUGAGGCAGCACUGCCCUUCUUGGGGAGGAGGGCAGGGAGCAGGGUCCUCUGUCCUCUGCACAUUUCCGGACUCAGUGGGUUUCCCAGGCCACCAGCUCCUGGCCUCUUCUGGCCUGGCUUCCAUGUUCCCGUCCAACCCUGCAAGGGGAGCACCCUUCGCUUAGAAAAGCCAGACCCAGCCCUUGUUUCUGUUUCCCUGGAGUCCCAUGAUUUGCGUCUGUCGCAUUGAAACUGGAAAGCAAUCUCUCAGUGUCUGUGCCAACUUUCAUUCCCUCCCCCACCUCCUUCCCCUUUCUGCUUUUUAUUUAUGUAGGAUGUGUGCUGUUUAAUGGUGGGAUGUCAAAGCACUCCUUUGCUGGGCCACAGUGGCGGCAGUCACUUUGGGUCCUCACGUGCCCUGUCCUCCCCCUGACACUCAGGCCUGAGGGUUGGCAAAGCCAAUGGGCAGGUGACGGCCUAGGACCCACACGUGACCUUCUUUGAGGCUCGGCUGCCGGACUCUGCGACGAGAAGAGACACCUCGCCGCCCCGGGGCCCUGGGUCUGGAGCAGCAAGCUCAGGGGGCAGCUGGACCCCACGCUGGUGGGUGGUGGUCUCUUGGCAGCUGCAAGUCCAAGUUCGAACUCGGCCGUCUCUGUACCACUGUGGGGAAAAGGACUGCUGACACUUUCAUUAAAGUUCCCUGAGAUGA